AUGGAUGUAUUACACUAUUCGUUUAGCCUGAGUGCUUGUCCGAAAUGCCAUUUACUUGUCUGCAAGCAUACAAGUAUUGCCAAUCUUGACUUUCGUGGAAUCGAACAACAUCAAGAAGAAAAACAAUCAAUUAUUGAAUCGAACAAUACAACAUCAAAAAGUGUUAAAAAUCGUUAUCAAAGACUAUCGUCGCAUGGUAUGAAUUUUUAUAUAUUGCCAUCAACAGCAAACUCAAAUAAUCGUCAUAGUUGGACUACAUUUGGUUCAGAUUCUAAUCAAAGUAGCAAUACACUUGAAAAUUCAUCGAUUAAUAAUGAAACAUUCAGUGAUAAUAUUCCAUUUGCUGAUGAAAAUAUAAUUAAUUCAUCGUUAACAUUAAAACCAACAUUGAAUCAAAUAGUUCGUACACAAUCUGAACGAUGUCAAAACAUUUUUAAACCACGUAUCUGUUUAACAAAAAGUUAUUCGUUUUCAACAAUAUUUACCACACCAAAAUCAUCAAAAUCUUUAGCAUUAUCUUCACAUAUGCAACAAAAUCAAAAUCAAACGAAAAACUUACAUAAAAAAUGUUCAGUAUUAUUAAUUAUUAUACUUAUUAUAUCAUAUUUGUUAACGAAUACACUUGAUAUUGUUCUUCUUUAUAUAUAUUAUCACACAAAUUAUAUAUAUUUCAUCAUGUUUUCAUUAACUCUUUUAAUAUGUGAUAUCAUUUUAUGGAUAAAUCAUUUAAUUGAUAUAAAAAAUCUUUCGACACGUUUACUAUUAAUACCAUUUAUAUUACGCCUUUAUAUUCUUUAUCAACUUGUUGAAUUAAUGAUAAUUGUAUUUAAUAAAAAUUUUAUUGAUAAUACUACACCAUUAUUUGAUUCAACAUCAACACCAUCAACAUCGUCAACAACAACAACACUCGAAACUAACAUAUCGCAGACAACGGAUGCAUCUCUUAUUCAUGAUCAACAUGUAUCUCAAUCAUAUAAAACAUUGAAACGACGAAUAUUUCAUUAUUUAACUUUAUUUUAUAUUAUUCAUUCGAGCCUUGUAGUAUUUGCUAAUCUUUAUUUCUGGUCAAAUAAUUUUCAGCCAUCUACAAAAUCAACAUUAAAUAUGAAUAAUUUUCUUCCACAAUGGACAACAGAUAAUAAUAUACUAUUAUCUACACCCAUGAGUAUGAUUCCGGUUCGAUCUUCGUUGACAUAUUUGUCAAAGUUUGAUAAUGAUCAAAAGCACACUGCUCGUCGAGCAAUGUCUCUAAAUUGGACUCGACCGAUAUUUUAUCGGCAAAUUCCACUUCGUAUUCGUCUUCCUUCGUCAUAUGCUUUUAUUAUCACAAGUAUUUUUUAUCAUUUAAUAAUAAACUAUUGUUUUCUAUCAACAUAUCUUAUUCGUGAACGUACAUCAUUCAUAAUUAUUUUAUCCAUUCUAUCUCGAUUUUGUUUAAUUAUUACACGCAUCUAUACAUUCAUCUUUCUAUUUCAUCUCAAUGCUUGGUGGUUUAUAAUAACAUUUUUCAUUGUUCAUUUCUGUUUAAUGAUUUCACUUCUAUUUGAUCGAUCAACAUUUAAAGAUAAUCAAAAGAGAAUUUUUAUUAAAUUAAUUUUUUCAUUUUUAACUCAUUGCUCAAUUAAUGAUAUAUCUAUAAAUGCAUUAAUAUCACUGGAAAACAUUUCAAUAUUUCUACAUCGCCUUUAUCUUGAAACAUUUGCAUCACACAAUGAAACAACAUUACGUUUAAUUAUAUUUAUUUCAAUACUUAUUUCAUUACAAAUAAUUGGUUUUCUAUUCGAUAUUUUGUCGAAAAAUAUGCUCUAUCGUACCGGCACGAAUAAUCAAGUGAUGAGUUGA